AUUUUCUCGCCGUCGCCGGUCAAAUUUCAAGCCCUAGCACCGUCGUGGAUUAAAGGAUUCAACAUGCUUGUCGGUGAGAAUUGUGUUCACGAGACAUACUACGAGAUUCUCUCGGUGAAAGAAGAUUCAAGCUACGAAGAAAUCCGCAAUAGCUACCGUUCUGCGAUUCUCCACUCUCAUCCAGAUAAGCUUAACAACACUUCUCAUCGUAGCUCCGACGAUGAAAAGUUUCUGAAGAUUCAAAAAGCUUGGGAAGUUUUAAGCGAUGCAGAGCUACGUGUAGUUUACGAUAAUGAUCUUAGAUCUUCAAGACAUGAUGGAAUCACUGCUGAUGAGAUUAGUAUUGAGGAUAUGUCAGUGGAGAUUAGUGGUGAAGUUAUUGAUCUUUUUUAUCAGUGUAGGUGUGGUGAUUAUUUUUGUGUUGAUUCUAGUGAGUUAGGAACAAUGGGGUUUGCUUUGUUGAGAGAUGGUGAUUUUGUUCAUGUUAGGAGAUUGGGUACUUUUGUGGCGUCUGUUGUUCUUCCUUGUGGUUCUUGUUCUUUGAAAACACGGGUUUGGGUUGAUUCGGAUAUGAAGAUUUCUUUUCAAGAAGAUGUGUUGUGAGCAAUGUGGUGAUCUGGGUUGGUUUAGAGUUGAGGAAUCUCUGUUCAAGGUGGUUUCUUUAGGCUGAAGUGAUCGUCAUGGUCAGGUUCGGACAGGAGGAGUUCUGCUUGAGGAUGGUUGUUUAUGACUGUGUGGAUAGAUUCAUUUAAGAAAAGUAUGGAUGGAGAUGAUUUCUUUGACCAAAGUGAUCUUUGUUGGUUCAGAUUUAAGAAAUUCUCAUGAAAGCU